GCGGGGCGGAGGGGUCACAGCCGUAGUACCGGAGGUCAACCCCCACGUGGUUGUUGGUCUUGGCGGCUGCUGCUGGACGGGCUCGCUGGAGUUGUCAUCGGGAAGGAAGCGAAGGCGACCGUCGCGUUCGCGAGGGGGAAGGAAGAGAUGCGUCUGACGGCCGUGCUCGCCAUGGCGGCACGCGCCGUCAAGCCGGUGACGAGGGCGCAGAGGCACCACCGCUACGGCAUGAAUCGCCCUUGGACGCUCGCGUCGAAGGCGCGCAACCCGGCGGGCAGCCGCAGGCCCAUCGUGCUGACCGAGCCCAUGGGGGAGCGGUGGUGCAUCUUCCGCGGAGAUAUCGUGGAGAUCCUGAAGGGGAAGGACGCGGGCAAGCAGGGCAAGGUGGUGCAGAUCAUCAAGGAGCGGAACUGGGUGGUGAUACAAGGACUCAACACGCACUACCGCUACACGGGCCGCACGCCCACCUUCUCCGGCAUGUAUGUGGCGAGCGAGGCGCCACUCCUGGUCAACGACGUUGCACUCGUGGACCCCACCGACCGGAAAGCGGCGAACGUGGAGUGGCGCUUCACGGACGAGGGCGAGAGGGUGCGCGUGUCCGAGCGUACGGGACGCAUCAUUCCCCUGCCGCCGUACCAGCGAGACGACGGCAUUAUCCCCGAGCAGUGGAAAGAUGGUCCAAAGGAUACGUCGGUGGAGAAUGCAUUGGCUUCCACCUACUCGCCGUCCCUCAAGACCUUCGAGGAGGAGAUCAUGGACGCCAUGGGCAUCGUGGAGGAACGACGGCCACGCAAGUCCUUCUGGUACUAGAGGAGGAGGAGGAUCUGGAGUCGUACGCGCGGCCGCUGGUGGUUUUUGUAGCGGAGCACUAAGAGUUUGUAGGCACUGAAAGGUUCGUAGUUAAGUUAAUUGGUGUUCACGACACAUGCAUCAUCAAAUCGCUUGUGAGAAUCGAUGAUCCUUGCACACGACAUGCUAAUGGCUAACUGGUUUAACGGACAAGAGUACGUGGAGACAAAAAAAAAUAAUCGAUUCGUGAAUUUAAUUGUGGCAAUUAAACAAUUUAAUUGCUGGUGAGGAGGGGGGGGUGCACACACAUACUCGCAUAGGCACAUGCGCAUCGACACACAUAUGCAGAACAUACAGCAAGGGGGGCGCACACACACACACACACCCAUCAAGUAACUACAACACAAAAUACAAAUAUCCCCUGUAUAGCCUUUAGCAGACUACAAGUGCUCUUACGUGAGCACCUAUUAAGGUCAGCACAGCGCUCGAGGGGGAUGAUACAGUUAGCACCACGCCCGGCCACCUCUGUCUGGCCAGUUCUGAUGUUUGUACACACUGAACCAUGUACAAAGUCAAGGCCAAUUUGACCUAAGAUUCAGAUAUCACGUGCCACUUGAUGUCAGCCGUGGCCGGGAAUUGAAAUGGGAUUGGUCGGCGGGAUUGUACUGCUGUGCAUUGCUCGCCAGGCACUGCACACGGCACAAAUAUCCCUGUAUAGCCUCUACAGAUCGUUGGAGGACGUGCUGUUAGCGAGCACAUAUUAAUGCAGGCACGGGAAACGAUGGGGUGCGUGGCCAGCACCACACCCGGCCACCAUUGUCUCCCCAGUGUUGAAGUUUAUACACUGCACAAGGUACUCACUUAAAGGCCGAGUCAAGCUUGUGGACGCUCGGGACCGGUUCAGAUAUUUGACACCCAUGUUGGCCGAGCGUUUAUCGGAAUCUGAUCUCUGGGUGUGUAGUGCAGGGCGCUAACCACAACACUACCGCUCCCAAUUAGUACUCGCACACAAGCAGACACCUCAUUCCCAUCCUCAUGCUCUCCCACACGAGUCUCUAACAGCACGACUUGUACAUGAUUCACACGUCUAGUUCUGCCCUGAGCAGGCGAUAUCAGGGAAUGCGGAAACUUUAAUCUUACGCUAGCAGAGCAACUGCAUCGCAGAUAAACCCACGGCUGUUCCAUCUACACCAUGUGGGAACACAAUUAACUGUUCAAUAUCUGCGGGAAGAUUAUCCAUGUGCGUGUGAAAUUCUUAAAUAAAAUAUCUUUACAUGCU